AGGCGUGGGUCCUUGUAUUCGUCGCGCAUCUCCCAGCAGUCCCUUCGCUUCCUCUCUGAUUUAUUCUCCACGCCCUAAGGGGUUCAGUUCACAGCCGCGCUGAUCACAUAGAGGGCUGCAGGUCCUGUUUGCGUGCUCACCGACGACUCUGGUGGUUUUUUCUCCCCUCUUAAGUGUGAAACAGCCGGUCUGUGAGGCUUUUCUCACUCCUACACCGACAUCGCACGCGCCCACCGGUUCUCAACAUGUCAGGUGAAGACGCGCCCGCGCAGCAGCAAAACGCCGAGGAGCAAAAACCGCAGCAGCAGCAGCAGGAUGGCGAGCCCAAAAGCGAGUCGCCUAAAACCGAGAACAAACCCGAGGCUGAACCUGCUGCCGCUGCUUCAGGAGAGGAGGCGGCGGCUGCGCCCGCGGACAAACCCGCCGCCGAGGAGGACACGUUCAGCUACCGCGCUCUUGUGCUCACAGGCUACGGCGGCUAUGACAAAGUGAAGCUGCAGGUGAAGAAAGGAAAGCCGGCGCUCAAGAGUGGAGAAGUGAUGGUGCGCGUCAAGGCGUGCGGCCUUAACUUUGCCGACCUCAUGGCGCGCCAGGGGCUGUACGACCGUCUCCCGUCUCCACCCGUUACACCGGGAAUGGAGUGCUCGGGGAUCAUCGAGGCUAUCGGUGAAGACGUGAUAGACAGAAAAGUGGGUGAUAAGGUGCUGGUUCUGAACCGCAGUGGUCUGUGGCAGGAAGUGGCUGUGGUCCCCAGUUCUCACACCUUCCCCAUGCCUGAGGGGAUGAGCUUCGAGGAGGCGGCAGCUCUGCCAGUCAACUACAUCACCGCUUACAUGAUGCUGUUUGACUUCGGCCACCUGCGUCCCAAUCAGAGUGUGCUUAUCCACAUGGCUGCAGGAGGGGUGGGGAUCGCUGCCACUCAGCUCUGUAAGACGGUGAAGGAUGUCACUAUCUUUGGAACAGCCUCAGCCAGUAAGCAUGAGGUCAUCAGUGAGGGAGGAGUUACACACCCCAUUGAUUACCGCACACGGGACUAUGUAGAGGAAGUCCGCAAGAUCAACCCCAAAGGGGUGGACAUUGUCCUGGAUCCCUUGGGUGGCUCUGACACUCAUAAGGGCUACAAUCUGUUGAAGCCAAUGGGCAAACUCAUCAGCUAUGGUGCUGCCAACAUGCUGUCUGGUCAGAAGAAGAAUCUGUUUGCCGUUGCUAAAACCUGGUACCAGCAGUUCACCAUUCACACCCUGAGUCUGUGCCAGAGCAACCGUGCAGUCUGUGGCUUCCACCUGGGUUACUUGGACUCUGAGCUCGUCAUUGAUGUCAUGAACAGCUUGCUGGAGCUGUACCAGCAGGCCAAGAUCAAACCCCGUAUUGACUCCACCUACCACCUUGAGCAGGUUGGCGAUGCCAUGCGUAGGAUGCAGGAGCGGGGCAACAUCGGCAAAAUCAUCCUCACUACCGAGCCCAUGAAGGAGGAACCCAAGAAGGAGGAGGCCAAGAAAGAUGAGAAGAAGGAUGACAAAAAGAAAGAGGACAAGAAGAAGGAAGACAAGAAGAAAGAGGAGGCCAAGAAGGAGGAGAAGAAGGAGGAAAAGAAGAAAGAAGAGGCCAAGAAGGAGGAGAAGAAAGCUGAGGAGAAGAAAGAAGAGGCCAAGAAAGAGGAGAAUUGAGAGUUGGGCAGAAGCUAGGAAGGAAAUUGGUGGCUGUGAAUUGUUUGUCUUGGGAGUAUGGGAUCAUUUUUGAGUCUGUGUUGAGUAUGUGUGCGUGUAUGGUGUUGGGAAGUACAGCGUAGUCCAGUUCUCGGCUCAACCCCAGGCAAUUACUCUGGCCCUAAAUCAUCUUGCACUGAAAUCUAAUUGUUUAUCCAGCCUUAUACAAGUUGAGAACUCCAAAGCUGCUCACUCUCUAACAUACAUGCUCUCACACCAUGUAACAGGGGUAUACCACUCUUAUGCCACUAUAGUUCUCGUUUUUUUUUUUUUUCUCCCUGUAUUCAUGCACUCUUGUACUCUGUGCUAUUACUAAUCUUUAACUGCAUGCCUUUUGAGGUAUGCUGGAUCAGUAUUACACUGCCAAAUCCACUACGCCAUCACUUUUCUGCUCUUCAUCCUCACAUCACUGUUACAACACUCCUAACAUCUCGAGCAUUCAUUCUUGACCAUUUCAAAUUUGGCUUAACGGCACUCUCGAUGCUUUGUGUAAUAGCUGCGUACCCACAAAGGAUUAUGGGUAAAUGCCAGGGUUGAGCAAGAGUCCUGUUGUCAUGACUACAGUGUUCCAAAUGUGUCUCUGUCCCCCCCCCCCCCCCCCCUUUUUUUUUUUUUUUCCCCCCAAACCCCUACUCGUCUCCCUAGUCACAUCUAUUCUCCCCUUAGUGAUCCGGUUUCCCUUAUUGGACCAGACUCUUUGAUGGAGAAGUCAAUCACUGAGCCCUGCCCACAUCAUUCACCAAGGCAAUAAGGAGGAGUCAGUGCGGUUUCUGAUUAGCUCAAAAUUACAUGUAGGCCUGUUGAAGGAAAAACAAAUCUAAUUAUGAAUUAUUUAAAUGGUUUCGAGAGGAUCAAGCUGGAAAAUGUGGUGUAAUGAUUGGGGUUCCCCCCCCUCCUCCCCAGAAGCAAUGACCAUUCCAGGUUUUAAGAAGAAUGCAGGCAGUUGUGGGCCAGAAAAAAGGAAAGGGGCUGCGCUACAGACAUUUGAUUUUCAGACACCGAAGAAACUUCAGAAUGACACAGGAUUUGUACGAUUUUUGUAUUCUGGCACACUAUGGUCUUCACUGUAGUGGUCUGCUAAUGCAUACAGUUAUCCAUCACACUGUACACAAAUCUAAUCCGUUAUUAAAAAUGCUGCCUGCUAGCAUCUUAAUGAACUUGGCUACAGAACGGCACUAGUGAAACAUUUCCCUUCAGAUCCAGGCAUUCAGACAUUCUCAAGUUAUUGUAUUAAAAGGGACACUGAAACAUAGUUUGUGAUAAACCCUGAAUGGCGUUUUAUACUUGAGCCUCCUCCAGGAUUCCAUUAUCUGGAGCAUUCCACUGCAAUCCUUAUGACCGCUGGCCUGUUUCCAGUGUAAUCAUUGUUUUUCUGAUUUUCUGCCUCUCUCCUUUCUCUCCCACUCUCUCGCUUGCGUUUUACCGACAGUAGUUGGCAUAGCAACAGGCAUUUGGCCAACAAGUGAUGACAUGGCUUCCCCUACCCACCAAUUCUAAUCAAUCCCACACUUGUUUACACUUCUUUUCCAGCUUUUAUUCAAUUAAAUAUUGUUCAAAAUCUCUUUAUAUGCCAAUUUGACAUCCAUUCAGACUGCUGUCAGAUUCCAGUCACAAGGGCAUAACCUGGCACCCUUCCAACUCCUAAACCCAUCACUCAAACCCACUGGCUCCUCCCUUGGCUAAAUUUAUGCAUCUGUAGUGCUUUUCUGCCUCUCACGGUGAUGUAGAGGCACUGCAGCAACUUUAUUUCUGUUCCUCCAUCAGUGGGUCUGGUUUUUGUCUGUGUGAACUGCGGUGUGUUUGUGUACAGAUGUGGCUGAGAGGUUGUAUGGAUGUAUGUCUCUGUCCUCAGGUCAGUUGUCAGAUUUAGAUGAAUGUUUGGUUUGUGGGUUUUUUUUUCUUUCUCUUGUCUCUACCUCCCUUAUGCUAUGAGCUAGCAGUAUGCGCUAGCUCCUUUGUGCCCCAUCCUUACAGUUUUAUUGCUAACGAACAUAACUUGUAAGCCCCCCUGUGAAUGGCCUGUGUGGUUUGUUUUUUUUCCAUUUGGUAUUAUUUGCACUCUGUGGAUCUUGAUGCACUUAUAGGGAUGGCAGUCCCACUCCCAGCCCCACUGUUCCUCAGGAGUUCCUCCAGUGCUCUUUGUUGGCAUUUACAAACUCUUGCGUACAUGUACUUUUGUUCCACAUAUAUAUACACACAUCAUGAAUAGCUAGAAGAAACAGGACUUCAUCUCAUCCAGUGUUUUCGUCACUGGAAGCUUGUCCAUACAUCUAGGAGGUUGCCCAGAAUGCACUGGGAAGGGUGUGGCACUGCCAUCCCUGCCUAAAGAGUGAUGUUCUGACAUGAGACUGGCAACUGGAUUCUGAUGUGAGUUCAGUGUCAGGAUCAUUCUCGUUCAUGGUUUUUUUUUUUUUGUUUGUGUUUUUUUUUUUUUUAAAUAUCUGGUUCUCUCCCUGUAUUGUGAAGUGCUUCAGUUCUGAAGCAUCAUGUGACCCCCAAAUAACAUUCCAGUGAAGGGUGUCUGUCCACUUUUUUUUUUUUUUGCGUUUUGUUGCCGUGUAGUCCUAUUCUUGGUUUGAGUGAUUUCUAAAUUGAAGAGGCUUUGCUGCACUUCUGUUCAAAUGUGAGGAAUGAUGUUCUAUUGAUCCUGAUUAAGUGUGCCAAACUGUGCUUGAGGCUCUUGCCUUCACUCCAGCUAUCCUUACUACACUGAGCGACAAAAGAGAAGGACUGUCAAUCUUUGCUGGUUGCUUUUAAACCAACUGGCAGUACAGAAACUCAAACUGAUGUCGUACCUGUCGUGUGUGGUUGAUCGCAUCGCUGAAAUUUAUUGGUGCUUAAGAACUCCUGGCUUUUUCGCUAAUGCAUGGAUUAGGUCUCACUGUGCCAAUUGCUACCAAACACUGGAAUACCUCCACAAACACAACUCUCUGGCACACCAGCUCUGCUCAAAAGGGCUGAUCGGUCAGUUAAUGCAAAGUCUGUUAGUGUUUACAAUUCAAAAAAAGAUCAGUGUGUGCAGAACUGGAGAUCAGACUUGAUGUGUUAAGAUGCAGCAGAAAAUGCCAACUAUGGUCAACCUGCUGCAAAGAAAAAUAUAUAAAGUUGUCUUUCUUUUACCUCCUUCCCCCCGGCACACAGUUUAUUCAUGCAUACAACUGCACUGUUUGGACUGGAUUCUCUUGUAGAACCCAGUUUCCACCCUGGAUCUUCCGUCUCUAAGCAGUGCUCUGGUUUUAGAACUGCCGACUGGUGGCAUCAGAGCUGUAGAUUCCACCACUUCCUCCGUCGUGGUUUUGUCCAGCUAUGCUGCAAAAAAAGCAGUUAUUCUGCAGUUCACCUCAAAGUUCAGUCCCAGUAGUAUUAACAUCUGCUUUAUGACUGCAUGCAUUCAUUCACUGGCAUGAGGUUUGUACAUUAGCACACAGUUUGCAUUUUAGUCCAUUUCCCCUUUUUUCAUUCGGAGGCCCAAGACGAGCUUGGCUGCAGGUGCGUCUCUCUCUCUCGUGGAUAUGGAGCUAGCUGUGUGGAUGACGGCCAAAGCCGUCGAGGUUCCAUCAGAGACGCGCUGCUUCCUCUCCAUUCCACAGCCGCUGUAACUUUUCCCAGAAUAGGAAACUCCCUUCAGGACUGCUUUCUGCUUUUCAGAGCAGUGUUGUGUGAAUCAAGCUGCUAGAGCUUAUACGUUUUUUUUCUUUUUUUUUUUUUUUUCCUAUUUAAACUACAAACGGACAUCAAAAAGUGGACAAUUAGAAUUUUUCGAUGUGACUAGAUAUGCUGGUUGACAGGGUACUUACCAAAUGAUAAAUUUAGGAUUUGGUCUUGACUUUUUUUUCUCCACCUUAGUUGUGGUGACUAUUAUUACAACGACACAUUUGUAAAAGAGAUUUCUAUAUAGAUUUCUUGAGGCAUUUGUAUAUCAGGACCCUAAUGAUUGCCAUAUAACUCGCUGCAUCACUGUAGUUGCUAAAUAGCUUUGAACAAUUGCUCUCCUCUCGAGCUGUAUUUGCAUUAAUCACUCUUUCUUCCACACACGUCAGAGAUGCGACAGGCUGUUUUCUUUGUUUUUCUCCAACUCCCUCCAUCAGUGUUCUCUCCAAUGUAUUUGAGACCCUGUGAAGGGCCGCUGCUUUUGUGCUUGACUCUGGGUUGGAUCAUGUGUGACUCACACAAGUGGUCAAGAGGACCGUAGAGCUUGUUUAAUGCUUCUGUGUGUGAUGUUACCAUUAUGCCUUACAUGUUUUCCAGGACUAAUAAAGAGCAUAACAAAGA